AUGAAUCCAAUUAAUAGAAGUUACUAUCAACUAAAUGCGUCAAACAUCUUAUCAACAAAGAGAGUUCCUAGUUUGACUCCACCCAAAAAUUAUCCAAGCAGUGUUUCAAAGGAUAAAAUAACUAAAUAAGUUAAGGAUAAGGCUAUAAGUGGUAACAGCUAAUAAAAAAGUGAUGUUUACAAUUUGCCGAUGCAAAAUGCUCUAUUUUUAUAAUAAUAAAAUGCCAUUUUAUCUGCUAGAAAAGCAACAAUAAAUUUGAGUGACAGUUCAGACAAAUUAAGGAAAACAUCUCCAAACGAAAAAUCUCCCAUCAACCCUAGAUUGUCUACUUUACAAAAAAAUAAACAAAUCAGCAUCUCCUAAUCAUAAUAAGCUAUUGCAUAGGUUUUGGCAAAAAUGUAAGAGAAUGAUAAUAUAUCUUACAUGAAUAAACAAUUGUAUCACAACCCUGAAAUUGAAUCUACUCAAAAGAGCACAAUCAACAGUAGGGAGUAUACGAACAAUUCCUCUAAACACAAAACCGAAGAUUAUCAAAAACUCUAAAGAGAGAAUUUGAUUCUCUAACGGAAAGUUUUUGAACUUGAACAAAAGAUCUCUGCAUUGGAAUCAGUCAAUUAAUAAUUGCUUACUUUAGUUAAAUCGUGUGAUUGUCAUUAAACAUAAUUAAGAGAGUUAGAACUCACAAUCUGCAAUUUGAAUUAUCUCAAAGAAACAGUAAAUCCAAUUCAAAUUCAAAAUCUAACAUCUCUAGACAUGUAAUCCAAUACAGAAUUUAAAAAGAAACUAUCAUAUUCCUAAGAUUAUUCAGAAAUUAAACCAUAAAAUUUAUUUACUAAUCAUAAUUCGACCAAAAUGAUUGAAUAAUUUAUAGAACAGCAUUAACUAAAUCAAUCAGAAUUGAAUGUUUUUAAAGAUUUGACCAAAAAAAUGGAGGAGAAACAAGCACCCAUACCAUCUGUACUUAAAGCAUUAUCAUUAGUUAUUAAUGUAUGA